AGUUUGUUCAUGCUAGCUUGACAGAAGAUUGGAAAGCGACCAGAUGGAAUUCUGCACUGGCUUCUUAACAGAUUCCACACAUUUUAAAUUGUAUCGCACACAUUUUUAGCUGACUUUCCUUCUAACAACCAGUCCUGGCGUGACAACAAAAGCCUAUCUGGGAGGCUCGGCUGCGCUGUGAACCGGGACAGAAGCGGUCAAGACAUUUGGAUACCCUACCAAACAUCUUCCCACUGUCCCAAGGCGAGUGUGUGUCCAUCAUGCCGCUGUUUGGUAAAUCCCACAAGAGUCCAGCGGACAUCGUCAGGACCCUGAAGGAAAACCUGGCCAUCCUGGUCAAACAGGAUAAGAAGACAGACAAGGCGUCUGAGGAGGUGUCGAAGUGUUUGGUGUCCAUGAAGGAGAUUCUGUACGGUAGCAACGAUAAGGAGCCUCACACCGAGACGGUGGCCCAGCUGGCCCAGGAGCUGUACAACAGUGGCCUGCUGAUAUCUCUGGUAGAAAACCUGCAGGUCAUAGACUUUGAGGGUAAGAAGGAUGUGUGUCAGAUCUUCAACAACAUCCUUAGGAGGCAGAUCGGGACGAGGAGCCCCACCGUCGAAUAUUUCGGUUCCCACCAAGAGGUCCUCUUUAUACUGUUGAAAGGGUACGAGACACCCCAGGUAGCGUUGAAUUGUGGGAUUAUGCUGAGGGAGUGCAUCCGCCACGAGCCACUCGCCAAGAUAGUUCUUCAUUCGGAUCAUUUCCAAAGUUUCUUCAAGUACGUGGAGAUGUCCACCUUCGACAUCGCCUCUGACGCCUUCGCCACCUUCAAGGAUCUCCUGACAAGGCACAAAGUGCUUGUGGCUGAAUACCUCGAACAGAACUACGACGCUGUGUUUGCAGACUACGAGAAGCUGCUGCACUCAGAGAACUACGUCACCAAGAGGCAGUCUCUAAAGCUCCUGGGCGAGCUGCUAUUGGACAGACAUAACUUCACGGUGAUGACGCGCUACAUCAGCAAGCCUGAGAAUCUCAAGCUGAUGAUGAAUCUGCUGCGAGACAAGAGCCCCAACAUCCAGUUUGAGGCCUUCCAUGUCUUCAAGGUUUUUGUAGCGAACCCCAACAAGACGCAGCCCAUCGUCGACAUCCUGCUCAAGAACCAGACCAAACUGAUCGAGUUCUUGAGCAACUUCCAGAAGGAUCGCACGGAUGACGAGCAGUUCAACGACGAGAAGACCUACCUAAUCAAACAGAUCAGGGAUCUGAAGAAACCACCGUCCUAGAGAAGCAUCCCUCCUCUGCCCCUUACCCCAACUUUUUAUCAAUAGGAAGACAUACAGUAGAAAAAACCCCACAUUAACAAUAACGGUUAUUCUAUUUCAAUCUUCAAGACGUUAUUUGCCUUUUUUUCUCUUUGUUGGUUCAUUUGAAACUUGUGCAAAGUUUCUUUUGUCAUUUUUUUUUUUCACGUGACCCCUUGUUUUUCUUUCAUCUGUAGCAUGUAGUGCCACGACUCCUGGUGUUGGAGGUAGCAGAUUUGCUGUUGGGAGAACCAGCAAACGGUUCAAAAGCUUCGGACAAAACAGACAUGACCAUUUUUUUUUUUAAUGCUAUUACAGUCACCAGUUGCAGAUGCUCUGUCAGUCUCUGCACUCAAGUUGAAUUAUUUUUUUUUUUUAAUCUAAAUGAAGUAGCUGCAAAACAAAACUUAUAAUGAAGAAUUAAUGCUUUUGUUUUUUAACAGGGUCAACGUGUCUGGUCGUCAUAGCUAAAAGCUUAGUUAGCCAAAUGGCAGCAGUAAUUCUCAGUUGCCUCCUGCUUGCCAAACGUCUCUUUCCUAUUGUAACUGCCAAAGCCAAUGAUGGAUCAAGUGUUGUCCCUUUUUUAGCAUUGCCAAUUCAACAAGGAAAAAAGGCUGAAGCAGUUCUCUGAAAUUGAGAACACACUACAGGAUAUAGCCUAUAAAGGCCAAUUUGUCUAUGAUGAAGGCAUUCAAAGAUCCCAAAGAUUUGGCACUCAGUAGGACUAAGAGAGAAUAGAGGUGUUUUAGUCACUGUUGACCAAAAAUCGCCAACAGAAAAUAACAACUGUAGGAAUAUUUGAAGGGCCUUCUUAAAUGAACAUUAAGCUAUCCAUUGGUACGGUAAGCUUCAAACAUUUUGAUCAGUGGUUCUCUUCGCCGGUGGCUGAUAGCACUUUCUGUAUGAUGAUAUGAUUUUUUUGUGUGUGUUCUACUUAAGCUGAUCACUGUUUUCACAAAUGCUCGAUGGUCAUUUUUUUAUUUAUAUAUAUAUAUAUAUAUAUAUAUAUAUAUAUAUAUAUAUAUAUAUAUAUAUAGUUUCAUUUCUUGUUUGUACACCUGAAGUGAGUGCCAUUGUGAGUGAAAACAGGAGGCACUUUGCUGUGUGGAGGAGAGCAGCUGUAAAGAUGGCUGUUUGGGUUUUCACUCCUUUUUCUUUCGGUGUUGUAUGUAACACGUGUUUAGCUCUGAUUUGGAUCUGAUGUUAGAAACAGGUGAGAAGAUUCAGAGGUGCCUUUAUGGUUUGGUGUGUUGCCCUUUUGUUUUGUUUUUGUAUUUUCAGUAUCUUUCCAGGGGGAGCUUAAUUACUGUGUUAAUGAAAAUAUGCUCUGGAUAGAACAUAUUAGUUGUGAUUAAGCAGUGAACCUCUUAAUUCACUCUAUUUAAGUUACGCUGUCAAAGAAACAAAAGCUGUAACUGAAAAAUCCACAUGUAGUUCAAGGACCAUAGAAUUGUGCAAAAUCAAUACAUACAUACAUUGGCACUUUAUGUCAGUAAAUUUCUGAAUUUAUUUCCCAAUCGAUAUCUGAUGUGCGUCUAUUAGGUUACUUUAAGCUCCCACAGAUGUUUUAGGUUUAAUGUAGUCGUGAUGAAUAACAAUUACAAGCCUCUUAGGACACUCUAAACUGUUUCACAAACAUUUAAAGACUAAUGUCUACCUGCCACAGUGAAUCUUAACAGUAAAAAGGCAGUAGUAGAGUGCAGUAGGUCGUAAACCUGUGAAUUGUCAUUCUAUUCUUUUCAUCUGAAGUAGAAGAAUAAAAACAAUAGCACAACCUAUUUUGUCUUCUGGGCCAAAAAUAAAAAUGCUAUAAGCUGUGACAUAUCAUACUUUAUCAGAAUACAACAUGAGAUGCAAAAGUGGGCCAACCAGCUUUACAUCUGACUUGAGCCAGACUCCACUACGUCUUUGCUUUUUAACUAAAACAAUGAGCAACUUUGGUCCCAGCAGAACUCCACAUCAUCUUCCCGGUUCAGCAGCCCCCUUCAUUUCCACAUUGAUGCUAUUGUACCACAUUCACAACAAAUAAAAGGAUGGGAAUGCA